ACUUUGCGUGUGGCUGAAGGAUUGUUAGGCGAGGUCCCGCCUCGGCACCUCAGUUCCAGGGGAAGUGCGCGGGAGGGGGCGCCUCCGCCGCAGAGGAUAUCUGCGCUGGUCCCCACGGCCAUGGCUGCACCGUCGGUCACUCUCGGCAUCGACCUGGGCACCACGUCUGUGAAGGCGGCCGUGGUGGAGGACGCACCCGGCGACCCAUCGGGGUUCGUGGUACUGGCCAGCUGUGUCCGGGCUGCGCGGGCCGAGGUGGCGGCCCAGAGUGCUGCGGCCGGGCCUCAGGCGCAGGAGCAGGAUGUGAAUAGAAUCAUCCAAGCCCUAAACGAAUGUCUUGCUGCCCUUCCCCAGCAGCAGCUCCGGAAAGUCUGUGCCAUCGGAGUGUCAGGACAGAUGCAUGGAAUCCUGUUUUGGAAAACAGGCCAAGGCUGUGAAUGGACAGAGGGAGGGGCUGCCCCUGUAUUCAAGCCCAGAGCUGUGAGCCACCUGGUCACAUGGCAAGAUGGCCGGUGUAGCAGCGGGUUCCUGGCUUCUCUGCCCCAGCCGGAGUCCCAUCUCAAUGUGGCCACAGGAUUUGGCUGUGCAACUAUCUUCUGGCUUUUGAAAAAUAGCCCAGAGUUCCUGAAGUCCUAUGAUGCAGCUGGCACGAUCCAUGACUAUGUGGUUGCCAUGCUGUGUGGUUUGCCAAGACCCCUGAUGUCAGACCAGAAUGCCGCUAGCUGGGGAUAUUUCAAUACCCGGAGCCAAACCUGGAACCUGGAGAUACUGAGGGCCUCAGGCUUUCCCACCCAUCUGCUCCCUGACAUCGCAGAGCCUGCCAGCGAGGCAGGCAGAACUUCCCAUGCGUGGUUUGAAAUCCCAAAGGGGACACAGGUGGGCGUGGCCUUGGGUGAUUUGCAGGCCUCCGUCUAUUCCUGUAUGACCAAAAGGACAGAUGCAGUUCUCAAUAUCAGCACUUCGGUUCAGCUAGCAGCCUCCAUGCCUUCAGGGUUCCAGCCAGCGCAGACUCCAGACCCUGCAGCUCCAGUCGCCUACUUCCCGUACUUUGACAGGACCUACCUGGCAGUGGCAGCAUCACUCAAUGGGGGCAAUGUGCUGGCCACAUUUGUCCACAUGCUGGUCCAGUGGAUGGCAGAUCUAGGCCUGGAGGUUGAAGAGUCCACUGUGUAUUCACGCAUGAUCCAGGCAGCUGUACGGCAGAGAGACACCUGCCUAACCAUCACUCCAACAGUGUUGGGCGAAAGGCACCUGCCAGACCAGCUGGCGUCAGUAACCAGAAUCUCCUCCUCGGACCUCUCCCUGGGGCAUGUGACUCGGGCCUUGUGCCGAGGCAUUGUUCAGAACCUACACUCAAUGCUUCCAUUUCAGCAGCUCAAAGAAUGGGGUGUAGAGCGGGUGGUCAGCAGUGGGAGUGCGCUGUCCAGGAACGAGGUGCUGAAGCAAGAGGUGCAGAGGGCUUUCCCUUUCCUAGUGUCCUUUGGGCAGGAUGUGGAUGCAGCUGUGGGGGCAGCACUGGUCCUGCUCCAAAGAAACCUAAACCAGAAGAAGUCUUAGUCAGACCACUCUUUGGCCAAAGGAUUGUUGCAAAUUUUAUCUAAUUAACAUAUCUGACAUGAUCUUGGUGUUAUCCUUUUCCUGGACAGCUCUGUGGGCAGUUUUUAAACAAUGCCUGUUUUCAGGGCACCAUCUUGAUCAAGAACCUUUCUACAGGGUACACUCUAAUAAUGCAGCCAGCAGUCACCAAAUUGGUGCCUUCUGAAAGAGACUCACUUAGGAGCUGGUUGCAAAUGUAAAUGUGCAAAAAAAGAAAGAGAGAAAAGGAACAGUAGCCCAGCAUCCUGGUCAGCAGGCUCAUCUGUGAUUCACCUGUAGAUAAAGAGAAAAUAAAUGUGGACUUUAGACACCAAAAAGUCUGGUGGCUCUGGGCUCCAACUAAGAAAAGAAGACUUUCCCACCCCAACACAGACUUGGAUUGAUUGUUUUUAGGGACAUGAAGCCAGAGUUGGGUCACAUGCACUGUUAGAGAAGUCUUUCACUACUGGAUUGUCCCACAUGGCCCCUUUCCCAAUCCUGUUCUUUCCUGGCCACUGGUUAGCUGGGGCAGGGGGAGGCCCAAGGACAGUGAAGCAGGCUGGCUGAGAUGUAGAUGCAGAGGUCUGUGCUGUCCUCAUCAUGUAUUCCCACAAGGAGAGCCUGCUGCUCUGGGGCUGCCCCAGACCCUUACAACACAACUGGCUUGAAGGCAUGGAACAGGGAAGGAAAGGUUGAUGGCAUGACCAGCAAGGGGCAUGGAUGCUACAUGGCCACUGCCACUCAGGCACAUUGUUCCCAAGAGCCUGAGCAGGCACCAGCAAGACCCUUUUCCAGGUGUGGGUCUGUGCAGCAGUGGGUUUUUCCCCCUGCACAACUUUGGAAUCCUUCCAAGGGGAGGGAGGUAUCCGGGCAUGCUCCUGCCAGACGGGGUGGUCAGUUUAAUCAGAGAGGACCCCUAUCCCAGAGGCCCCAGCUGUUCUUCCUCUUGGUGUGGGCCUUGGUGGCCCACCAGGUGUUCUUGUCUUGUAGAAAUGUCCCAUUGAGUUGGCAUGCCUGCAGGGACCCCAGAGCAUCUUAAACAUUCCCAUGGUGGGUUGAGAUGACCAUGGAAUGGCUUCCAAGAGAGGGCCAUCAUUGCUGCAUCUACUUCUAGACUCCCAAGGGUGAUCCCAGCCUCAGGCAGACUCUGAGGCACCCAGGCAACUAUGAGUUUGGGAAAGCAGUCAUGUCAUCUCUUUGUAAAUGUCACUUUAUCAAUUAUAUGAUUGUCUGAAGCUCUUUGAUGAAUCUACUUGGCCGUGCUGAUUGAAUUUUGGAUAAUAAAGCUCAUUCUCCCAUUUGCCUCAAUAAAAACACCUCUCUGC